GGGAUCUGGCCCACAUUGCACCGGAAGGUUCGUGGUUCGAACCCGACCUCUGACUCUCGACUUCCCGUGUUUAGGCUCGGGAGACCUGACAGUAUCCUAGCCCCCUUGUUUCCUUCGAGUGGCAUGAUAGCUAUAGCUGGACGACAUAUCGAGUUCAUAUUACGCGUUACCUCGUCAAUCAGUCACAGUACCAUGUACCCAGCCACGUUCGGGACCAUGAAAUCUUACGGGGAGCCACUCGUGCUGCUACUCUUACCCUCCUCAGAAGUUCAAUGGAAAGUUCAACGGGGAAAUCCUGAAAUGGAUAUCAUUCCACUGUGUUUGGUGUCGGAGAAGGGGCUGCCUCAAAUUUGCAUCCAUCAAAUCACCAAGCGACACCUUCGUGUCAGAGGCGAGGAGUGCCUAUACGCAGACACUCGGAGCCCCACACAC